AGUUGGCCACGCCAACCUACAAGAACCAACCGGUGCAGUUCCUAGAGAUUUGGGAAGUGUCAGUUCAUGACUCAGUUUCCGCUGGACCGAGGGUCAGUUUCCCACCAAGCAUGACUCAGUUCAUGAAUGACCCAGCUAACCUGCAGGCCAUCCAAGGCUUUGGCCAGGUCAUGGCUAUGUGCCAACAAAAUGGGGGGAUGCCUUUCAUCCCUGGUGCGCUUAACGCCGCGGGGCCAUCGCGUCCCCCGCAAGGUACGAAUCCACUAAUCACCCCCGAUGGUCACUGCGUCUCAGUGGAGAGCGGAGACGACGAGUGGGACAUUCCAAGGACCCACAAGAAGAAUAAGGGAAAAACCAUCCGACCCGCCACCUCCCGAAACUCCGCCUUCGAAAGGCUGGGGGAUAGGGAGGAGGGCCAGAGAAAAUCAGCCAAGCUAAGGCUGGGGCAAAGCGUUGCCCAUGUCAGCGCGUUUGCCCGGUUAGGCGAGAUGAGGGAGGCCGAGCCUGCCCGCACCCAACGCUCCCGGUCAAACCGGCAGGAGCCAGCCAGGACGAGGGCCUCUCGUCAGGAGGAAGAGGCAGAAAGCCAACCCAGGGUACCGGUGGCUAACCGGUUAACCACCCCCAAUGAUCGCGUCCAGCAGAUGGAGGCAAAGCUGGAGAGGCUGGAGAAGAAGGUUGGAGAGAAGAAUGACCGGGACAAACCCCUCGCAGGGUCCCCGUUCACUACAAGGGUCCAUCUGACACCUUUCCCACGAAAGGAGGAGGUAGACAAGGUUGAGGAGAUGGACGACAAGACGGUGUUGUCCCUCCUCCUGAACGGCUUACGUGCCGGGGAACUAUACAAGGAAUUCUGCCGGAAACCCCCGGCCACGUAUCAGGAAGCCUACCAUACUGCAUGGGAGUUCGCCGAGGCUGAGACUCAACUCCGGGCAAAGAAAGAAGCCGAGCAUGGUUACAAGCCUAAGCUGGUGCAAGUCAAGAAGGAAGAAGUGCCGGUACCCAGCCGGCCAAGGCACCACUAUGACCCGGUAGUCCGAGUGGUCAAUUCAGAAGAAUGCCAGGAGGGAAAUGACCGGGACAAUGACUGGCGGAGGAACAACCGGCAGAGGGAGCAACUGCCUGUCCCUGACAAAGAACAUAUUGGGAUGAUCUUUGGCGGACCCAAAGGAGGAGAUUCAGCCGCGCAGCGGAAAAACUGGGUUCGCAGCAUUUACGUUGGUGAGGUGAAUGCCGAACCGGCCAGGCGUAAGUAUCCCAAGAGGGAGCCAAUAGUCUUCACUGACCGGGACCUCCCUCCUACCGGUGAAGAUCACAAUGGUCCAUUGGUCAUCACCAUGGACAUCAACGGGGUGGACGUCGCCCGGGUACUUGUUGACACCGGCAUCAGUGUCAACAUCCUCUACCUGGAGACCUUCCAGAAACUCAGGUUGUGUCGGACACAACUUGAACCCCUCAAAAACCCUCUCUCAGGCUUCACGGGAGAUACCGUUGAAGCUGAAGGAUACAUAGUUCUACCGGUCGAACUAAGAUCGGGCGAAAAGACUGUGUGGAAGAGAAUGCGGUUCAUUGUUGUGGAUAUCAAAUGCGUCCACAACGCGAUCCUUGGAAGACCGGGCAUCAAUAAGGUUGGGGCGGUAAUUUCCAUGCCUCACCUGUGCAUGAAGUUCCACACUCCAGAUGGUGUGGGUGAGGUGAAAGGCGACCAGAGGAACGCCCGGGAGUGCUAUGCCUGGGCAGUCAAGAAGAUGACCAAGGGGGUCAAUGUCAUCUCCCAAGAGAUCACAAAGGGAGAGACCCGGGAGAAAUUGGAGCCCGAGGCCGAGACGGUGGAAAUCGAACUUCACCCGGGUGAUUCUUCGAGGAUGGUCAGAAUUGGAGCGAAUCUCCCCGAAGAUCUCAAGGCAGAGAUUACACGGUAAGGGAGGGAAGUCGACCGGUACGCCAGAAGAAAAGGUACCUAGCCAG